CGUUUUCUUUUCCCACUCUCACUACAUUUCUAGGGUUUCUCUUAACUUAUUCUCAAGGAGCGGUUCUCUUCCGGCCAUUGUCGCCCGCUCCUUCUUCCUCUUUCCAUGGUUUAUCCCUUUCUUUAACUACAAUUUUUGCUCUUCUUACGUUUCGUUUUCAUGCUGUAUGCUUCAAAUUCUUCUCCCUUAUGAAGAUAUUUUUUUUUUCUUCGAAUUCUUUGAUACCUGUUUCGAAGGCUUAAACCUUCAACUACUUGAUUCUCAGCAAUUCUAGCCUGCGGAUUGUUAUCGAAACCCGCUAUUACCCCAAAUGCAGCUUAUUAACUCUGAAGAAACGGUCGCCGACUCCUCGGAAACCGGUCUUGUGGAGUCAAGAAAUUUGAAAUCUUCUGAGUUGGUUUCGUUUGAGGAUGACAAUGGAAACGAUGCUGAUGAUUCGGUUCUUGAUGUAUCGGGGAGAAACUUGGAUUCCAAUUUCUUGGAGGGUUCCAGCAGCUCAGUAAAGGGUCUGUAUGUUUUUCGGAAUGCGUUCAAUUUGAUCCCGAAAUCAGUUGGUGACUUUAGAGAAUUGAGAAUGCUUAAGUUCUUUGGAAACGAGAUUAACUUGUUUCCGUCAGAAUUGAAGAACUUUGUGGGGUUAGAAUGCUUGCAGGUGAAGUUAUCCUCACCGGGUUUUGGUGGUUUAUCAUUGCACAAACUGAAGGGUCUGAAGGAGCUUGAGCUAUCGAAGAUUCCUCCUAAGCCAUCCUCCUUUCCAAUUCUUAGCGAGAUCGCUGGCCUUAAGUGCUUGACUAAGCUCUCAGUUUGUCACUUUUCUAUUAGAUUUCUUCCUCCUGAAAUUGGCUGCCUGAAUAGUUUGGAGUAUCUGGAUCUCUCAUUUAAUAAGCUGAAGAGCCUUCCAUCAGAAAUAGGUUAUUUGAACUCUUUGAUAUCCUUGAGAGUUGCCAAUAACAAAUUGGUGGAACUGCCUCCUGCUUUGUCUUCCCUGCAAAAGCUGGAGAACUUGGAUCUCUCAAGUAAUAGGUUAACAUCAUUGGGGUCUCUUGAACUUGUAUCUAUGCAUAGCCUUAGAAACUUGAAUUUACAGUACAAUAAAUUACUGAAAAGCUGUCAGAUACCCUCCUGGAUAUGCUGUAAUUUUGAAGGAAAUCUUGAAUAUGAUACUGCCAAUGAAGAAUGGAUUAGUUCUACAGUUGAAAUGGAUGUUUAUGAAGCCACCGAUCAAGACAAUGAGAAUAGUUUUCCUCUUAAAGGACCUUGUUUUGCAGGUAUGCGUAACAUUUCAUCAAACCUAUUAAUGGGACCUUCAACGAAUAGUAGAUCCUUUGCAUCUAAAAGAUCAGGUAAGCGAUGGCGGAGACGGCAUUAUUUACAGCAGAAAGCACGCCAGGAACGUUUGAACAGCAGCAGGAAGUGGAAAGGAGUAGAUCAUCACACUGAAGUAAAGAUCCAUGAAAAUCAAGAACCUGAGAGGCUUGAUUCUGCUUCUAUUUCUGAAACUACAGUUGGAGAUUCAUCGGCUAUUGAUGAAUUAUUUGAUAGUAAAGAAACUUGUGAUGUGGGAGCUGAAAGGGAAAAUCAUAUCGAGAGCCAUGAGAAUGACAAUUUUGAUCCCAAAAAGGAAUUUCCAGUGGAGGAUUGUUCAAGCAUCUGUGAUGCUGCUGCAGAAACAAUGACAAGGGAUGAAAAUGAAUGUUGUGAGACUAGCAAGACUUUGCCACUGACAGGAAAUGGAGCACAUGACCAAGAAGGGUCAUCUUCACAAGUAUCAAAGGAUAAUGCUAAGUUGAAAAGAUGUUCUGAGAAGGAACUUGAUAAUCCUAAACCUUGCAAGUCAAGAAAGCCAGUUGAAUACAGCUCAAGUUUAUCUUGCAAGUACAAUAGUACCUCUUUUUGCAACGUGGAGGAUUAUUUGCCAGAUGGAUUUUAUGAUGCUGGACGUGAUCGCCCCUUCAUGCCAUUAAGGAAUUAUGAGCAGAAUUUCCAUCUUGAUUCACGUGAAGUCAUUAUUGUUAACAGGGAACACGAUGAAGUAUUAGAUUCUAUAACAAUAGCUGCCAAGUCAUUGGUACUCCGUCUAAAGCAGAUUAACCAGCUAACCCAAGAAAGAGAUCAAGUUAUUGAUGAUGUGUAUAUUGCACAGUUACUUGCUUUAUUUGUAUCCGAUCAUUUUGGAGGCAGUGAUAGAAGUGCAAUGGUUGAGAAAACACGGAGAGUUGUUUCUGGUUCAAAGUAUCAAAAGCCUUUUGUCUGCACCUGCUCAACUGGAGAUCGGGAUAAUCUUACUUCGUCCACCAAAUUGACGGUGGAUAAUUAUGAGGAUAUUCUUUUUACCGAUAUCUGUGAGAAGUCUCUUCGUUCUAUUAAAGCUAGUCGAAAUUCCAUCAUAGUUCCUCUGGGAGCUUUGCAGUUUGGGGUGUGCAGACAUAGAGCUUUGCUACUUAAGUAUUUGUGUGAUCGUAUGGAGCCUCCAGUACCUUGCGAGCUUGUGAGAGGUUACUUGGAUUUCUUGCCUCAUGCCUGGAACGUGAUCUUAGUGCAAAGAGGUAAUACUUUGGUUCGAAUGGUUGUUGAUGCAUGCCGACCAAACGAUAUACGAGAAGAAGCAGAUCCUGAAUAUUUUUGUAGGUACAUACCUCUCAGUCGUGCCAAACUUCCUAUUUCUUUUGGGGUGACAUCCAGUCCAGGGAUUUCUUUUCCCUCUCUUUCCAAUUGUGAUGAGAUUGAGAAGGCUCCUUCUAGUUCUGUAAUAAAAUGCAAACUUGCGUCAGUUGAGGCUGCAGCAAAGUUACGGAAACGUGAAGUUUGUGAAUCUUCAUUUGAAGAAAUAAGAAACUUUGAAUUCAGUUGCUUAGGUGAAGUCAGAAUUCUGGGUGCUUUGAAACACUCAUGCAUAGUUCAGAUGUAUGGACAUCAGAUAUCUUCUGAAUGGAUUCCUUCUGAAAAUGGAAAGCCAAAGCGUCGAUUACUUAGGUCUGCAAUUUUCUUAGAGCAUGUUAAAGGGGGAUCUUUGAAGAGCUACAUGGACAAGUUGUACAAAGCUGGGAAAGAACAUGUUCCAAUGGAUUUGGCAUUGCAUGUAGCUCGAGAUGUUGCAAGUGCUUUGGUAGAGCUGCAUUCAAAACACAUCAUUCAUCGAGACAUCAAAAGUGAAAAUAUUUUGAUGGAUUUUGAUGAAAAAUCUGAUGGAGUUCCCAUCGUUAAGCUUUGUGAUUUUGAUAGAGCAGUGCCCCUUCGAUCUUUAUUGCACACUUGUUGUAUUGCUCAUACUGGAAUACCGCCUCCUGAUGUUUGUGUUGGAACACCCCGAUGGAUGGCUCCAGAAGUUCUACGAGCAAUGCAUACACCACAUGUUUAUGGACUGGAAGUAGAUAUUUGGUCGUUUGGAUGUCUGUUAUUGGAACUGCUGACCUUGCAGAUUCCGUUCUUGGGGCUUACAGAAUUGCAGAUCUUCGAUCAUCUUCAGAUGGGUAAAAGACCAGAAUUGGCAGGUGACCUUGAGGAGGAAUUGGGAACUAUAAAGCAAAGCACGAUGUCUCAAUCAUCAGUUCAAGAAUCAGAGGGUCAAGAAAAAGACCAAGAAACUAAAGCCCUGUUGAUUGACUUGUUUCGUAAGUGUACUCAAGAGAACCCGAACGAUAGACCAACAGCUGAAGAACUCCACAGAAUUUUGCUGGAGCACACAGUCAAAGUUAAAUCAUUACAAGAACUAGCUACAUGAAAUUAAAUACCCUGACCACCCCAUAACCUUAUUCCAAAUUUUGAAGCCUUGGAAUGAUUGUAUUAGCUUUCCCGAAUCCUUAUGGUAGAGUAGUAGUAGGGCCUUUUUGCCCCAGAAUCAGUUAGGCUCACAUAUUGAUUUAGGAUACAGUGGGUAAGUAGAGUCAGGUAGAUUAUCUUAUCGUAAUGUAAUUAAGAUCAAAUUAGGCAAAUUUACCCCACGUUCAAUUAGUUGUGAUGCAGUUAUGUAAAGAAAACUCGAGGUCAUUUUAGAGAACGUGGGAACCUCAUUAGUUGCUGUACCUCAUUAUUGGCUUCAACAUAAUCUUAUAUUAUCAAUUAUUUUUCCCAUGC